CGUGGUGGUUUUGAGCCGAAAAUGACGAGAAGGGAAGCAGCUAUGAUUCUUGGGAUUCCUGCGACAGCGAAUCCCGCCCGAAUUAAGGAGGCUCACAGGCGUAUUAUGAUAGUCAAUCAUCCUGAUCGAGGUGGUUCACCAUAUAUCGCAUCGAAAAUUAAUGAAGCGAAAGAUUUAUUGGAGUCAUCGAAAAGCUGA